UUUUACUCCCAGGACUCCGAGGCGCCUAGGGGCACCAUCCCGAUUGAUUGCUGCACUGCAAUCUACAUAUUUAUGUUACCCAACGGCAUUUCAUAACCUAAAUUUGUCCUCUAGUCGAUUCAAUCAUGUGCAUUCAAAUUAAGAAGCUUAUCCAAUCCAGUAUCCUAUCCGACACAUCCAUCAAGCUGCCCGAGAGUCUCAUUUACGAUAGCGGGAAUGUUCAGGCUUUGGCAGAGGAGCUGAUUCGGAUACGCAAUGGUGGCAAGUUUCGCGAUUCUUGUAGGGACGUUGAUGAAUGGAAGUUGAUGCGAGAGCUUAUAGAGAGACACGACCAUUUCGAGACUCAUAACGUCGACUUAAUCCGAGAAAAUAGAGAGGUCGUGGUACUUACCGGCGCUACUGGCAUGCUUGGGUCGCAUAUACUAUCUGAAUUAUGUCAUAAUAAUAGGUUCGGCAAGAUGCACUGCUUGCUCAGGGGCGAAAGCGAGCCCAUAUGUCGGGAGCUCUUGACGAGGGCACUACGGAAACGUAAGCUAUCAGGUCUAUAUGAGCCGGGCAACGCGGAAGCCUUGGAAGAAAAAACUGUCUGUCUUCUUUGCCAAUUGUCUGAAUUACAUCUUGGCCUAUCUGAUGAUGAGUGGAUAAGCAUUGUAGCUGAAUCGACUAUCUACAUCCAUACGGCGUGGUCGGUCAAUUUUAGUCUUCCACUCAACUCAGUAGAGUUUGAGAAUCACAUAAGAGGGGCUCACGAUGUUAUAACUGCAGCAUUAUCGAGCAAGGCAAGAUUCUUCUUUAUCAGCUCAACGGCAGCAGUAAGUGCCAAUCCAUCCGCAACUAUCACAGAGGAGGUUUCAUUGGAUCCAUCACACGCGUCACCACUCGGUUAUUCUAGGUCGAAAUGGGUCGCCGAACGAGUGUCUGCCGGAUUUACCGAAUGAAAUUGUUGACUGGCUACCUGUGGACCAAGCGGCCAGAAUAGUAUCAGAUAUUGUACUAACUAUCGGAUUACACCGCCAAGUUAUCCACUCAAUCGAAGACACCCGUAUAUCACGUUUUGAAUUUUCAUAAAUCGCCCUCGUGGAAUCAGCUGCUCCACUGGAUCUCACGGGCACCGGGGCAUUCCUCGUUUGAAAUACUGCAGGCAGAACAGUGGUUAGAGCGGCUGGACAUAAAAUCCGGCGGGAUACGAGAAGAUCACCCAGCCCAGGCCCUCGUUGGGCUGUGGAAGCGGAGAUACUCUUCCGUGGUUGAUAUAUCUAGAACUCUAAAGCCCUCAAAAUUCGAUGUCACCUCGAGUUUGCGGUUAUCCCAGACUAUGAGGGACAUGAAGCCACUCAACUAUGAGAGGGUGAUAAAGAUGUGGGACUGGAUUGAGACAAACAUGGGGAGCUAGCUACUCCGAAGGAUAGUGUGCUUGACACCUAACCAUAAUAGUUCUUCUCACUUUAUAUAAUAUCAAGUGACUACCGACCUAGGUAUUCUUACUACGAACUCGGCUCGCCUAUCACGGAGGAAUGGUCUACCUGGAUAGCUAAGAGUAUAUAGAAAGGACGUC